UUUCAGAGUUCGGUUCUGAGUAUUUGGGGGAUGCCAUUGACAUUUACGUUUAAAAACAGAGUGUGCGACGCCAGGUAUGCCGUUGACAGAUGCAUGACAGAAUUCAAACAGAGUGAGCGUCGAACGGUCCGGUCGGUCUGUUUCAAAAUAUACAUGGGUAAUACAUACGAUUUCCUAUUUAAUUUUGGUGCUUUAUUUUUAUUACGCGAGUUAAAGAUUCAUAGUGACGAGUUAGAGAUUUUAUAGUGACUAUUGGGAAAAUGGUGUAUUUGAAUAGUGUUUUCGUUGCUUCUUGGACUAUGGAAACUAUGUUGGAGUUAACUAUUUUCGUGGGAUUUUUGUAUUGGGUCUUUCCUGGAUUAUUUUCCGAAGGUCUUACAAGAGUUAACAAAAUGGUGGACAUAGUGACAAACCGUGUCUUUGACACAUACAACAAAUUUUCUCCGUCGAAUAACAAUCACAACCAAUCUGUAGCAACGUCGACGAUUAUGAGAACGUUUUCUAGAGACCAAAAAUUCAAGAGAACAUUAACGAGAGAGGCUGAUCAACAGGCUGCAGAAAACCAACUAUUCGACAGCAAGGACAAUGUGCCAGAUGUGCAAGCAGGCAAAAGAAGACCAUUUAUGGGACUUAGCUGUCAAAAUUGUACAUUAACUAGUAGGGAAUCAUUAGUAAACAAAACAACCGAAAUCUUAGCUUUAAGAAACAUCUUGGACUACCAGUUACCAAUCAGCAGCGGGUUUAUCCGAAAAACUUUUUCUCACUUGUAUCAAGUGUCCCAAAUCAAGACAUAUAAAUAUCCUCAGGUGGCAGAUCUAGUAUUAGAAGAUGCCCGACUUAAAGAAGCCAUCGACAAGGCAACUAUUCAGCAGUUCCACGAUGCCAGCAACAGCGAUGAAGAGUUUUACCAAAAGCUGUUGAAAAACAACCAGCAGCGCGCGAAGAAGUUGCUGGUUGAUAUGAGAUCGACACUAUCAGACUUUUUACUUAAGUUUACAUCAUGGGUUUGUUACAAACUACUUCCUUGCUUCUUAACAUCAGUUGUGGUUCACCCGGGCCAAGUUGAAAUGUUGAAGAAAGCUGGAAAAUCAAGUCUUCCGCUUAUUUUCUUACCUUUACAUAGGUCACAUUUGGACUAUAUUUUGAUAUCGUUUAUUUUGUUAAACAAUAACAUACGAUCACCGUUAGUGGCAGCCGGAGAUAAUUUGAGGAUACCGUUUUUUGGAUCUCUGUUGCGAGGAUUAGGAGCAUUCUUUAUCAAACGCCGUGUAGAUCCAGUGAUGGGACGCAAAGAUCAUAUUUACAAAGCUGUACUACACACCUACAUGAAUACGUGUUUAAGAGCAGGACAUAAUAUUGAAUUUUUCCUUGAAGGUGGUCGCACCAGAACAGGAAAGCCAUGUAUGCCAAAAUAUGGAAUAUUGAGUGUUAUUGUAGAGACUUUCAUGGAUGGUACGAUAGAAGAUGCCCUCUUGGUGCCAGUUAGUGUAAAUUAUGAAAAAUUAGUCGAUGGAAACUUUAUUCGCGAACAAUUAGGCCAACCAAAAGAAAUGGAAACAUUUGGCAACGCCGUUAGGGGUAUUUGGAAAGUGCUGAACAGCAAUUAUGGUAUGAUGAGGAUAGAUUUCAAUCAACCGUUUUCUUUAAGGGAGCUUAUUAAAACGUUUAAUACAACUGGAAAGAUGCCCAUACCCAAUGGCAUUCCUCACAAGCUGCAGUCUAAUCCUUCCACAACCAGUUUGUAUGGUACGGAUGUGGUAUCAGACGAACACAAGUGUAUUGUCGAACGGAUCUCAAAACACAUCAUUUAUGAUUGUGCACAAUCUUCUUCUGUGAUGUCAACAAACGCACUAGCUUAUUUACUAUUAACAUGCUUCAGAGAUGGUGUCAGUAUUGAAAAACUUGUGGUAGCAUUCGAUGCGUUACGGAGAGACUUAGAAUACGAAAGAAAAGAUAUCGGCUUUAGUGGAGACUCCAUAGACGUUAUCAAUUAUGCCGUUGAAAUGCUAGGACCAGGUCUGAUCAGGAAAGAAAAAGUCAACAACGAAGAUAUAAUUAAACCAAUAGCAAUUCUACCAAACGUAAUCGAACUAUCCUAUUACAGUAAUACUCUGGUGACACAUUUUGCCCUAGAAUCAGUUAUUGCCAUCGCCAUAGACGCUAUGGACCACUCGUCCGGUAACGUCGUCCAACAAGAUCUAGUCGAAAACGUCCAGGAGCUUUGUGAUAUGUUACAAUUCGAAUUUCUGUUCUGCAAACCGUGCCAAAACCUCGAACAAAUCAUUACCAGCUGCAUUGAUGAUUUAAUUGAUAGGAAACAAAUAUUUUUAGUGGACAGCGAGGAAGAAAAUGAUUUAAAUAUAAGAAGUAGGCGCUUAGCCCGACAGUUCGACGAUGAUGACAAUGAAGAGGAAAGAAUUUCUCCAAAAAUAUAUAAACUAAACCCCAAUAAAGAGGCUGUGGAUGCGCUCAAGUAUCUUAGAGUACCGAUAGCACCCUUUGUAGACACGUACGCCAUCACUGCAUUUACGCUGGACAAAUUGGUUGGAAGGCAGCUCCUAGAGUCAGAACUACUCAGUGAUGUGUUGGAGGAACUUAAAUCUCAGCUAUCGUCUGGAGGAAUAAAAUAUGGAGAAAGCGUUUCAGUCGAUACGAUAAAGAACGCCCUAAAGCUUUACCAACACUGGGGUAUUCUCGAGUGCCAUUCGGAGAAAAAGAUGAGGUUGUACUAUCUCCAAGAAAGCCAGGACGAUUCUGAGUGCAUUUCCGCAUUGUAUCAAAGGGUACAAAAGUUCCGGUAACAAGUGACUAGAGGCCUUAGUACGAGAUAUACGUAAUGUGAA